GUGUUUCCUGCUCCUUGAACUUGGUUCGACAGAAUAGAGCGAUCCAUCACCAGCCCAUCAUCUCAGUGGUCUUUCAAAGAUGAAGAAGGUACAUCUGGCUUGUUUCACAGUGCUUCUCUUUGCUUCAGAAAUAUGGAACCUGGAGUUCAUUGUUGAAGAAAACCCAGAGGAUCUGGAUAAGUUGUUUGACUGGGAGGUGAAUGGAUUUGUUUCAAGAUCCACUCUAUGGAAGAACAGAUUUCAGAGAAGCACAUCCAAUGAUGACGACUCAGGAGAAUCGGUGACCGGUGAUGACAACAUAAUCCUCCACAGCUAUAAGGUCCACUCCACCAUCACAUCUCGUCUGGCCAACACAAUGGUGCAGACCAAGGUGGAAAACAGGGCAAGCCAUUCCCAGAACCUUGUCUUCGAUGUCCAGAUCCCUAAAGGGGCCUUCAUUCACAACUUUACCAUGAAUGUCAAUGGAAUCACAUUCACUAGUUCGGUGAAGGAAAAAUCUGCAGCCAGAAGUCAAUAUGCACAGGCCAAAGCCAAAGGGAAAGCUGCUGGAUUGCUGAGGAGCAAUGCCCUUGACAUGGAAAAUUUCAAAGCUGAACUCAAUGUCCCAGGAGGAACCAAAGUCCAGUUUGAAAUUCACUACCAAGAGCCGAUCCGAAGGAAACUGUCUACUUACGAAUACUUUAUCCCUGUGCAGCCAGGCAGGCUGGCCAAACACUUGGAGGUGGAUAUUCAUAUUGUUGAGCCCCAGGGUCUUAGUUUCGUUCAUGUUCCCAACACGCUCGGUAACCAGUUUGAAGACAUUGUUACCAUCUCCAAAGGAGAGAAAAAGGCUCAUGUGUCCUUCAAACCAACAGUGACCCAGCAACGGCAAUGCCCCACCUGCUCUUCUUCCGCAAUUGAUGGCAAUUUUGUGGUGACCUACGAUGUCAAGAGAGAGAGCAAAGCUGGAGAACUGGAGAUCUUUAAUGGUUAUUUUAUCCACUACUUUGCUCCUGAAAAUCUGGAUCCUCUGCCGAAAAAUAUCCUCUUUGUGAUCGAUGUCAGCGGCUCAAUGUGGGGACUCAAAAUGAAGCAGACUGUCGAAGCCAUGAAGACCAUCCUGGAGGACCUCCGCUCUGAUGAUCAGUUUUCAAUCCUCGACUUCAACCAUAACGUACGAUGCUGGAGGGAUAGUUUAGUGCAAGCCUCCAAACUGCAGACGGAAGCUGCUAAGAAGUACAUUGAAGGAAUCCAUCCUAAUGGAGGAACAAAUAUCAAUGAUGCUCUUCUCCGAGCAAUCUUUAUUUUGAAAGAAGCCAGCAAUCUGGGAAUGCUGGAUCAGAACUCUGUAUCCAUGAUUGUACUAGUGUCAGAUGGAGACCCAACUGUUGGAGAGCUAAAGCUGCCUGCAAUUCAGAAGAAUGUGCAGAAAAAUAUUCGAGAUGACAUCUCUUUAUUCUGUCUGGGUAUUGGAUUUGAUGUGGAUUACGAUUUCCUGAAGAGACUGGCACAUGAAAACAAUGGAAUGGCACACAGAGUUUUUGGAAACCAGGAAACCUCCACUCAAAUGAGGAAAUUCUUCAACCAGGUCUCCACCCCACUUCUCAAAAAACUGGAAUUCAACUACCCACAAGAAAUGGUGUCUGAUAUCACCCACAACAGCUUCCAGAACUAUUUCGGAGGGUCUGAAAUUGUGGUGGCAGGGAAAGUGGAUACUGAAAAUGCACAACAUUUGCAGAGUGUGAUCACAGCCACUGCAUCCAAUGCACAAUUAGUCUUGGAGACCCUGGCAGAUGUUGAGGGAUUGGACGACUUUCUGAACAAAGACAAGCAUGCUGACCCCAAAUUCACUGAAAAGUUGUGGGCCUACAUAACCAUUAACCAACUAAUGGCUGAAAGAAACCUGGCUUCCACAGCUGCCCUGAAAAGGAACAUCACAAAGAGAAUCCUUCAGAUGUCUCUGGACCAUCACAUUGUGACACCCUACACAGCAAUGUUGAUUGAGAGCCCGAAUGGAGAUGAGAUGAUGUUGGCUGACUCUCCCCAGGACCGGAAGAGGGCCUGCUGCCCAGGUGCUUUAACCAUUGGUGCUGCAAAGCCAGACAAUUCCAUCCCACUUUGGCCCACACCUGCAUCAAAAGAUCCAUUAUCUCUUGUCAUGGGUCCAACUGCUGCAGCUGUCCAUCAUGGAUCCUUAGUUAUUGGCCAAGCACCGACUGAAAAUCCCAUCCCAUCUUGGGUGAAUCCCACAUCGAAACCAGGGGGUCCAUUAGCUGUUGUCAUGGGUCCAACUAUUUCUGCCAUACAUGCAGGGUCUUUAUCUUUAGGGCAAUCAAAGCCUGACAAUUCCUCCACAUCUUUGAGCAAAAAGAACCCACCUGACAACAACAGGAUACAUUCAGUGGACAAUGACCCCCAUUUUAUUAUCAGCCUGCCAAGACAGCAGCAGAACAUCUGCUUCAACAUAGAUUCUGAACCUGAUGCAAUUCUGAAUUUAAUUUCAGAUGCAGAGUCUGGAAUUGCCAUUAACGGGCAGCUUGUUGGAGCCAAGAAAUCCUUCCAUAACAAACUGAACACCUAUUUUGGCAAGAUCGGGUUCAGCUUUGAAAAGAAAGGCUUGAAGGUUGAAGUCAGCACUGAAGCCAUAACCUUGAAAGAUGGUUCCUCCAGCACCUCCUUCUCCUGGUCUGAUACAGGAAGCCUCAUUCGGAGGAGAUUGCAAAUCUCUGUGAAGAGAAACAGCAAUGUCACUAUCACAGUCGAUGGGGACCUGUCCUUCAUGGUUGUGCUGCACCGUGUGUGGAAAAAACAUCCCGUCAAUGUUGACUUCUUGGGGAUAUAUAUUCCACCUGCAAGUAACUUCUCAUCUGGUGUGCAUGGCUUGAUUGGUCAGUUCAUGCUUGAACCAGAUGUGCAGAUCUACAAUGAGAGGCCUGGUCAAGAGCCUGGGAAAUCUGUGGCUACCAUGGAAGUCAAAGGCCACAAGCUCACAGUCACCAGAGGUCUGCAGAAAGACUACCGCUUGGACCGAGUGUUUGGAACCAGCGUUCAUUGCUGGUUCGUCCACAAUAACGGAAAGGGCUUCCUGGAUGGCCACUACAGCAAUUACCUUGUUCCUACUUUGUACAGCUAUUUGAAGCAUCUCUAAGGGAGUUUGGUCUAAAACAAGGGCAGGACGUGGCCCACCUCUGAUCCACCAAAGCUUUUAUUCAUGCAAUUUCUAUAGGCACUGUGAGACAAUUUUUCAAAGUGAAAAUCUUUUUCCAAGAGAAAGGCUCAAGUGGGCAAGAUAUGGCCUUAAAGAGUCUGCUCCCAGUAUCGUAAAGCCCCCUUUCUUCAAAAGAGAGCAAGCAUUCAACUCCUAACUAGGAUGCUGGUGGAAAAGGCCACAAUCUUGGAAAAGUGCAAGCAAAAACCACAACUGGCAUGCAACACUUGACAUUAUGCCAAAGUAAGGUUAGCUAGCCAUUAGCAGGAAAUUGGUCUCUGGGACAGACAACAAAUCUCACAUUUUUAAACGUAAUAAUAA